UAAUCAGUCACAGUACUGAUGGCUCCUAGUGCAGGGACAGGGAAUCUCUGUCUCUUAGCUAGAUAAAAGCUUUGGUGAAGGUUUUCUCCUCGCCCACGGAAGUGCCUGGAGUUCUGGUGGCCUCACUGAGUUGGAGCGGCAGAGGUCUCAGGAAGAUCCUGUAAGUGAGAGAAGAUGGGGUCCGGCUGCUUGAAAGUCACCAAGUACUUCCUGUUCCUCUUCAAUCUCCUGUUCCUUAUUCUGGGUGCUGUGAUCCUGGGUUUUGGAAUAUGGAUUUUGGCUGACAAAACCAGCUUCAUUUCAGUUCUGCAGACGUCAUCUCCCUCUGUGAGGACUGGCGCAUACAUCCUGGUCGGUGUUGGGUCUCUCACCAUGCUGAUGGGAUUCCUGGGCUGUCUUGGAGCAGUCAAUGAAAUCCGAUGUCUCUUGGGUCUGUACUUUACCUGCCUCAUGGUGAUUCUCAUAACUCAGGUGGCUGCAGGACUGGUCAUCUAUUUCCAGCAAGAAGAACUGAAAGGAGAGUUGUCACGCAUAGUUGAAAAACUGAUUGAAGAUUAUGACCCUGUGAAUGGUGAAGAUAAGAACUUACAAGAUGCGUGGGACUACGUGCAGAAACAGCUUACCUGCUGUGGCUGGAAUGGAGCAGAGGAGUGGGAAAAAAAUAACAUUCUUAUCAACAGAAGCUUGACUGCGUAUCCCUGCUCCUGCUCCAAUAGUUCCAAGGAUGCUGAGGAAAAUACAGGCUUCUGUAGUCUGGAUGUCGGGGUGAAUGGUACUGCAACAUAUGCUGACUGGCCUGUUCACAAGCAGGGUUGUGUGGAUGGAGUACAGGAUUGGUUGAAGGACAACCUUGGUAUCAUUCUUGGAGUCUGCACAGGUGUUGCUGUUGUAGAGUUGCUGGGGAUGAUACUCUCCAUUUCACUCUGCAAGAACAUACACAGUGAAGACUACACCAAAGUGCCCAAGUCUUGAGUUUGUUGACUCCAAAACUACGGCACCACUGAGAAAGGAGCAAACAGAACAUUCCUGCCUCGUAUCCAGACUGUCCAACCAUUGACCAUUACUCCUGUGAUGUCCUAUUUCUGAUACCACUCUGCUAAGAACUAUUAGAGUUGCAAUACAGCCUGAUCUUCUGGCAAUAGAGCCGUUGGGCUACCUGCAUCCUGCCUCUGGAUUAUUUCUUCUUCAAGAAGCAGAACUUAACUGUCCUGCAUCAUGAGACACCUUUUGCCACCUGCCCCACAUCCUAUUCAUAUCUCAAUUCUACAGCCCACUGGGCCUAAUAACAAUAACUGCUCCUCCCUCCUGUUCUCCUCCCACAUCUUUCCCUUGGCCUCCAAAAGAAACACCAACUUUCUGUCCCAUGAGUCAGAAUUGCUGUCAAGAUGCCAGUGCUUUGGUAGCCUCACCUACUUCACUGAUGUGGUGGUAACUAGUCGUGCUUUACAGGCCUUGCAAUUAACCUAAUUCUUCUUCUGCUGUGCAUCUUCCAGCCUAGACUCUCAUCUGAACUACUGAGCUCUACCUUCAUCGUUUCUCCUGCAUCUGGAGUCAGUCAAGCCUUGCCUUCAGUGGAGCUCUUCCCCUUGAGUGUGACAAGAAGCCUCUGGGAGGGAGGCAGGUCAACCUGUCACUAGUGUGGUCUAGCAGAUUUUGGUUGUGGUGCUCACCUGCUUUUGGAAUAGGUCGCUUGGGUUCUGGAUCUGAUGGUUGCAUGUUUUUCUAUUCUUUUUCCUUCAUCCCUGCACUAGUUUUGUGGCUCUUUUCAGCACUUCGGAGACUGCUGCAUAGUGUGGACUCAGCCCCAGGCUGGCUGUGUUGAUUGCGUUGGGUUGCCAACUUUCAUACAAAAGUUGUGAUUAACUGGAUUCUUCCCCUGCCCCCAUUAUGAACAUAAAAUAUUAACAGUGGUUUUUAGUAACGAGUAUGGAGGGAUCUGACUUAAUUGCAGGCACUGCAUGUUGGAGAUAUCCCUGCUACCAGUGCCCAGUUUAGGUUUUGUAGUUUAGGUGCAAGGAUAAAACUGCUUUUAUUUUCAGUUGUUCCAAUCUGACUCCACUGUGGUCUGGAGCCAAAGCUGCUGGUGACUGGUCUUGAGUGUAAGCACUGCAGCAGAGAAAUAGCUGGUUUUGCACUUGCACAGGCUGGGUGGUUUAUGUACUUUAUGACAGGGAUGUUUGCUCCGUUCAGCCAUUGGCCAGCAGCAAAGAGUGGUGUAGAGCACAAGAAAGCAAGGAAUGUGUGUGGAAGAACCUCCCCAGCUUCCUAGACAAUGGAGCUGGGUAGAAACCUUCAGUCCUAGAGGUAGCCUGGGCACAACAGAUUUCCUGCUGCUGUAUUUGCAUUCUAGUUACCCUGGCAGUAGGAAGCAAUCUGGGAGAGAAGUGGAUGGUCCUUGUCCGAGCCUUGAUACAAGGUACUUGGUUGAAGGAACCUUUGC